UGCGAGCGGGCGAAACCGCCAGUGCGCCUGCGCCGUCGCCGGCUCCCUCCACCUCCCCCUGUGCCCCCGCGGGGGCUCCGGGUCCGGCGGGACCAUGUUCACCAGCACCGGUUCCAGUGGGCUUUACAAGGCGCCUCUGUCCAAGAGUCUCUUACUGGUCCCCAGCGCCCUGUCCCUCCUGCUGGCCCUCCUCCUGCCCCACUGCCAGAGGUUCUUCGUGUACGACCUCCAGGCCGUCAAGCACGACUUGCAGAUUUGGAGGCUGAUCUGUGGAAGAAUAAUUUGCCUUGACUUGAAAGAUACUUUCUGCAGCAGUCUGCUUAUCUAUAACUUCAGGGUCUUUGAAAGAAGAUAUGGAAGCAGAAAAUUUGCAUCCUUCCUGCUGGGCUCCUGGGUCCUGUCGGCCCUGGUCGACCUCAUCCUCGUGGAGACGGUGCAGCUCUCCUUCGGCGUCGCUGCGGCCAGGAAUCUGCCCUCCGGGUUCCUGGCUCCCGUGUUUGCUCUCUUUGUCCCGUUCUACCGCUCCAUUCCGCGAGUCCAGGUGGCACAGAUUCUGGGCCCCGUGUCCAUCACAAACAAGACGCUGAUUUAUAUAUUGGGGCUGCAGCUUUUCACCUCUGGUUCCUACAUCUGGAUUGUAGCCAUAAGUGGACUUAUUUCCGGCGUCUGCUACAACAGCAAGGUGCUGCAGAUCCAGCAGGUGCUCUGCGUCCCCAGCGGCGUGGCCAGGUUCUUCUCCUGCACCCUCGAGCCCAUCUUCUCGUCUGCAGAGCCCACCACCGAAGCCAGGGUCGGCAUGGGCGCCACGGUGGACAUCCAGAGGCAGCAGAGGGUGGAGCAGCUGGACCGGCAGUUCCUGCUCUCGCAGUUCGCGCAGGCCCGGCGGCAGCGGCCGCGGCAGGGAGGAAUGAUCAACUGGAACCGUCUCUUCCCUCCCUUGCGUCAGCGACGAAAUACGAACUAUCAGGAUGCUCGGCGGUCUGAACAACAAGCGUCCCCGCCUCUCGAGGUUUCUGAGGAACAGGUGGCCCGGCUGAUGGAGAUGGGGUUUUCCAGAGGGGACGCUUUGGAAGCCCUCAGAGCUUCGAAUAAUGACCUUAACGUGGCUACCAACUUCCUGCUGCAGCACUGACAGUUCCAUCACCGCAGGGACCACCGAGCUGCCCCGGCGGGCGCCGGCCUGGCGCGGACCAGCCCCGGCCCGCACGCCCCGGCGCCCGUGUCCUCCCGCCCCCGUGGGCUGGGUGGUCCCUGCUGCCCGCCGCCCAUGAUUCCAGAUCGUCACCAUUAGCUGUCCACGAUAAGUUUGCCAUUAAAUUCGCAUGUAUUUUC